AUGGGCAGCAAGAUGGCUUCCGCCAGCAGGGUCGUGCAGGUAGUGAAGCCACAUACUCCAUUAAUAAGGUUCCCUGACAGAAGAGACAAUCCUAAACUCAGUGCCUCAGACGUUUUGAGAUCUGUUGGGCUACCCUCUCACUCUUCUGUAAUUUCACAGCAUUCUAAAGGAAACAUAUCCCCAGAUCUGCUGAUAUAUCCGGGGCCCCCAGACACUGCAGAAAUACUAAAAACAUUACCUCAGAAGUACAGAAGGAAACCUAUAUCUCAAGAAGAAAUGGACUUUAUCCAGAGUUGAGGUCCAGAAUGAUCGCUGUGGUUGCUGUUUGUCACCAGACAAAAGGAUUAUCUUUACAAUAAAGGACUUCCAAAAUGUCAAAUGAAAAUUACAUAUUAAGCAACAUUAAUAAUUAUUCUGCAAAAAGAAUGAAGUAUAGAAACUCUAGAUGGCCACUUGUAUCUCCUCGAUGUAUCUUGGUCAGCUUCUCUAACAAGCUGGCCUGCAUACCUA